UCACUGGCAAAAUGUCACACUAAGCAGAAACCCAGAAACUUCGGGGUAGCUGCUUGGCUGCUCUGGGCUUUGUUUUUCUCGCGCACUAAUUGUUAAUGAAUAUCCAGCCAUUUAAGCCAAUGCAAACCUGUGAGAAAACGAUCUUUUCAGCCCUGGCUUUGGAGCUUUAUGGGGCUUUGCAAAAUCCAAGCGGUGGAUAAGGAAAACGUGCAUCAUCCUGCAGAAUGGGGCGGUGGCAGUGCCAGAGCCAACCUGGAGUGGAAAGUGGCAGAGCCAGAGCGGGAGCUGGUGUUGUCUGAGCUGCCAGCAUCACUCCAGGGCAGCAGCAGGGAGGUCCCCAUUCCUGGAUGGGGAUAAGUUCAAUGGGGGUGAGUGCCAUGGUACCCCCAUCCCUGGCCAGCUCCUUACCAAACUCCUUCUCCCUCCUCUGCCCCACCACAGGUUUUUCUUUUUUCCCUUCAAAAUCAUAAUGCCUCUCAUGUCCACAUUUAUGGCGGCCAAACAAGAACAUGUGGUUAUUUUAUGGGUGUUGUGUUUAAAGAAGGCAGGGGCAAACCCCUCCUCUUCUGGAACAUAAACUCAGAUCUUCGGUUAAUAAUUAACUGUGGCCAUAAAACAUAAAACCCCCUAUGUAGGAGCAAGCUGAGCUCACCCCAGAAGCACUGCUGGGCUGUCACCUCACACCAGUGCCCUGCUGACCACUGACCACCGUCCCCUCCCGUCCACUCCAGGAUGGCUGUGCCACCCUCCACCUAUCCCCACCGCCUCCUGCCCCUCUUCCUGGGGCUUUUCCAGGGUGCCCUGCUCCUCUUCUUUGCCCUCUUCAUCACCUAUGAUGAGCCCUCGGCGCAGGAAGAGGAUACCAGUUUGAUGGCCAACCAGGUCUACAGCACCUUCCCCUUCUUCCAGGACAUCCAGGUGAUGCUGAUGGUGGGGCUGGGACUCCUGCUGACCUUUCUGCCCCGCUACGGGUUCAGCGCCCUCACCCACAACUUCCUCCUGCUCAACUUCUCCAUGCAGUGGGCGCUGGUGCUGCAGGGCCUACUCCACCACUUCCACCAUGGCCAGAUCCACCUGGACCUCCACAAACUCCUCAUCUCUGAGUUCGCUGCUGUGACAGUGCUCAUCUCCGUGGGGGCCAUCCUGGGGAGGGCCAGCCCCUGCCAGCUGCUCGUCAUGGCCACCUGUGAGAUCCCCCUCUACCUCGCCAGCGAGUGGGUCAUUGUCACCUGCCUGGGCGUUCUGGAUGUGGGCGGCACCAUCACGAUCCACGUCUUCUCCUGCUAUUUCGGCCUUGGCGUGUCCAAGGCUCUGUUCAGGGCAACACAGCAGCCACUGCACCCCAAGGAGACCCCAACAACCAGCUCUGACCUCAUGUCCCUGGUGGGGACACUCAUCCUCUGGGUUUUCUGGCCCAGCUUCGUGGCUGUCCUCUGCCAACCGGGGGACACCCAGCACCGCGCCAUCCUAAACACCCUCCUGGCCAUGAGUGCCAGUGCCGUAACCACCGUGGUGGCCUCCAGCCUGCUGGAGAGGGACGGCAAGCUCAGCCCCGGCCACCUGCAGAACGGCAGCCUGGCCGGCGGGGUGGCCAUUGGCGUGGUGGCCGACAUGGCCGUGCCACCAGUGGCCGCUCUUGCCCUGGGCAGCCUCUCGGCCGUGGUGUGUGUCCUCGGCUUCAGGUUCCUCACGCCGCUCCUGGCGAGGAAACUCACGCUCCGCGACCAGUGCGGCAUCCACAACCUCCACGGCUUGCCCGGCAUCCUCGGCGCCGCAGCCAGCGUCGUGGCCGUCCUGGUGGCACCCAAGGACACCUCCGGGUCCCUUCCCUCUCAGCUGUCCCCUGCUGGGGGCAAUGUCAGUGAGAUGGUGGAGGGGCAGUGGGGGGCCCGCGGGGUGGGCGGGCAGGCGCUGUGCCAGGCAGCGGGGCUGGCGGUGGCCAUCGGUGCCUCGCUGCUCGCCGGGCUGCUCACCGGGAGCGCCCUCCGGCUGCCCUGCCUGGCCCGGCCGCCCGAGCGGCUCUGCUUCGAUGACUCGCUGUAUUUUAAGAUCCACGAGCAGGCUGAGAGCCCGGGGGCAGACAGCAGCGCUGAGGAAGGAGCCCUGGCUCUGAAGGAGCAGGUUUAGGCAGUGGCGUUCGUGCAGCAGCAGGGAGGGCCGGGGAAUGUUACCGACAGGAUCAGCAGGCAGGAGAUGCUGCCUGCCCUCACUCCUGCCCCAUGCCUGGAGCCAGCUGUGGAGGAUGCCGGCAUAGCUGGGUCAGCACCGUAGCACUGGCCACCUCUCUGUCCUCCUACCCUGC